AGCACUCAAUGUAUUAUGAAAUACUCGUUCACUAUUUCUCUAUGACUUGUAGUGAAGUCUCAAUUCAUUGAUGACUUCAAUAUUGAAUAGUUUGUCAAAUCAUUAGUUUGUGUUUUGUCUGAAUACCAGUCAUUCAUAUCAAAGCCAUUUCCAAAUCAAUUACCAUUUAAUUGAUAUCAAAACCGAUUGAAAACAUAUUAAUUGUGAAAAUGGCUGAAACAGUGACCGAAAAAGUGGAUCAAUUGAGUGACCAAAUGGCGAAACAGCUGAAUGGUAACGAUGAGGAUAAUGAAGAAAUUGAGGACAAAGUUGAUCCCUGGAAUGUGACCUCCAAUUCACAGACUGGUGUCGAUUACGACAAACUCAUCGUGCGUUUCGGUUGCAGUAAAAUAAACGCUGAAAUCCUGACCAAAAUGGAGACAUUGAUCGGUCAAAAGGUCCACCACUUCCUCCGCAGAGGUAUAUUCUUCUCUCAUCGCGAUCUUCACCUCAUAUUAAAACGAUAUGAGGAGAAGAAGCCGUUCUUCCUCUACACGGGAAGGGGUCCGUCGUCUUCAGCCCUGCAUUUAGGACAUCUGAUCCCAUUCUUCUUCACGCGUUGGCUUCAGGAGGCCUUCAAUGUCCCGCUCAUCAUACAGAUGACUGACGACGAGAAGUAUUUGUGGAAAGACCUGACGAUUGAAACGACCAAAAAGUUGACCAAAGAUAACAUCAAAGACAUCAUUGCUAUGGGUUUUGAUGUGAACAAGACUUUUAUAUUUUCCGAUUUGUCUUUCAUUGGAAAGUGUCCCGAGUUUUACGAGAAUAUAAUACGAGUGCAGAGAAGCGUGACUUUCAAUCAAGUGAAGGGUAUAUUUGGUUUCGGCGACAGUGACUGUAUCGGCAAAAUCAGUUUCCCGGCCAUUCAGGCGGCGCCCUCUUUCAGCUCAUCGUUUCCUUUCAUAUUCAACGGCAAGAAAGACAUACCGGCGCUCAUUCCGUGCGCUAUAGAUCAGGACCCGUACUUCCGGAUGACGCGAGACGUGGCGCCGAGACUAUCCCUUCCCAAACCGGCUCUCUUGCACUCGUCGUUC